AUUAAUUUAGGAGUUUGUAGCUUUGAGUUCAAUGCCUAGGUUGAAACAGAGAAUCUGAACUGCAUUGUCUCUUAACAAAAGUGAUAUGAGCUACAAACACAAUGAUAACGAUUCACAUAUCACAACGAUAUCCCAAUUACCCGAAUUAAAAACUAUAUAGAUUUGGUUUAGACACUUAGAUUUCAGAUUAGAACAGUUAUGUAAACUGAUAAACUGAGUUGACACAAAGGAAGCAAAAGCCUAGGAAGGAAAGAAUGCAAGAACCAAACUGAAAAGCCCAAUAAAAGCCCAUAAAAGGCCCAUGAUUAAAAAUACUUCAAACUCCUCUCAUCCGACCGUUUAAUCAGUUACUACAGUAGUAGUAUAGAUAAAGAACAUGCGGUUCUCUUUUCUUCCCCUCCGCCGAGACUUUCUGUCUUCUCUCUCUCCGUAAUGGCGGCGGUCGCGACGUUCCUCUCUCUCUCCCCCUUUCGACGAUCCUCAACUUUACAACUUCGCGAUCUUCCUCGUAAUCACAAUCAAUCGAUUCGAAGAAGAGUCCACCUCAAAUCUCCCGCCAUCCAAGCUUCUUCUAAAAACUCCUCUCCUCAAAAUGUACAGAACAUAGUGGAAUCUCCCGAACCGGAUCCUGAUCCUAAACCUCAAAAUGGGAUUGGUAAUAUCGGAAUGGAGAUCAUGUCGAUUGCGUUACCAGCGGCGCUAGCUUUGGCCGCUGAUCCUAUAACAUCUCUUGUCGACACAGCAUUUGUUGGCCACAUUGGCUCUGCGGAGUUAGCUGCAGUAGGAGUCUCGGUUUCUGUGUUCAACUUGGUGUCUAAGCUCUUCAAUGUUCUGCUGAAUGUGACUACAUCGUUCGUUGCGGAAGAGCAGGCCGUUGCAGCUAAGAAUGAUAACGAUUCUACGGAAACAAGAAAGAGAGUGCUCCCUUCUGUUUCAACGUCACUGGUUCUUGCAGCUGGUGUUGGUAUCGCAGAGGCGAUAGCUCUCUCUCUUGGAUCUGAUUACUUGAUGGACAUCAUGGCUAUACCUUUUGACUCACCGAUGAGAAUACCAGCAGAGCAGUUUCUUAGACUUAGAGCGUAUGGUGCACCACCAAUUGUAGUGGCAUUGGCUGCUCAAGGAGCUUUUCGAGGUUUCAAGGACACAACAACACCUCUAUAUGCCGUUGUUGCGGGGAACGUGCUAAACGCGAUACUGGAUCCUAUUCUGAUAUUUGUUCUUGGUUUUGGUAUCUCUGGUGCUGCGGCUGCUACUGUGAUUUCUGAAUACUUGAUUGCGUUUAUUCUUCUGUGGAAGUUGAAUGAGAAUGUGGUUUUGCUUUCUCCUCAAAUCCAAGUGGGAAGAGCCAACCAGUACCUCAAAUCAGGUGGGCUUCUGAUUGGUAGAACGGUGGCACUGCUUGUGCCAUUCACGUUGGCAACUUCGUUAGUGGCUCAGAAGGGACCUACUCAAAUGGCUGGCCAUCAAAUCUGCUUGGAGAUCUGGUUGGCUGUCUCUUUGCUCACCGAUGCUUUAGCCAUUGCUGCACAGAGUCUUCUUGCAACAAGUUUUUCUCAGGGAGAGUAUAAACAAGCUCGGGAAAUUCUCUUUGGUGUCCUUCAGGUAGGUUUAGCAACUGGAACUGGUUUGGCUGCUGUUUUGUUCAUCGGAUUUGAACCAUUUUCGAGCUUGUUUACAACGGAUUCAGAAGUUUUGAAGAUUGCUUUGUCAGGGACCUUAUUUGUGGCAGGAUCUCAACCGGUGAAUGCUAUAGCGUUUGUUCUUGAUGGGCUCUAUUAUGGAGUCUCUGACUUUGGAUUUGCCGCUUACGCUAUGGUGAUUGCUGGAUUCAUAUCUUCCUUGGUCAUGCUUGUGGCUGCACCAACCUAUGGACUCGCCGGGAUUUGGACGGGUUUGUUCCUCUUCAUGGCGUUGCGGUUAGUUGCCGGAGCCUGGAGAUUGGGGACAAGAACCGGUCCAUGGAAAAUGUUGUGGUCAGCUCCAGAGAAGCUAGAAUGAGUCCGCGUGUAACAUUUUUUGCGGUUUGAAAUGUGACACUUUAAGAUAAUGAAAAUAAAGUGAAUUAACAAUGUAAAAGCAUAGUUCUACAGUAUGAUUGAUGCCGCAUAGAACCUCUA